AUGAACAUUGCGGGAAUUGUGAAGCAAAUUUGGUGGAUUGCCUCCAAGCAAGAUCGGCUUUGGGUUAAUUGGGUACAACAAAGAUACCUCAAGGAAGAGUCUCUUUGGACAGUCAAGGGUCUCAAUAACUUCUCUUGGGUCUGGCGUAAAGUCUUGAAGUACAGAGAUAAAGCCCUUCCCUUCAUCAAAACUAUUAUUGGGGAUGAGUCUGCUACAAAGCUUUGGCUUGAUAAUUGGCACCCGUUUGGAGUUCUUUUGAGCAGAUUUGGUAAUAGGAUUUGCUAUGAUGCAGGCUCUUAUUCCCUUGCUGCCCGUCAUGCUUGUGUCAAGGAGAUUAUCCGUGAUGGAGAUUGGCACUCUAGUCCCUCUACAUCUUUCGAUCUCAUUGAUAUUUGGAGGGCCCUUCCAGCCAUUGAAAAUUUUCAUGAUGAGGUUCCGGAUUUGACAGUGUGGACUGGUAACUCAUCGGGUAAUUUCUCUUCCAAAUCAGCCUGGAAUGCUAUCCGCACAAGAGCUGCCCGUAUUGAUUGGAGCGAAGCUGUUUGGUUUGAAGGGAGUAUAAAGUCCCAUUCCUUUAUGGCCUGGAGAUGCCUUUCGGAUGCCCUCCCCACUAGGGACAACCUCAUUCAUAGACACAUUCCGACUCCUCAUCAUUGCGUGCUUUGUUGGGCUGGAACAGAAAGCAAGAAUCAUCUCUUCUUCGGAUGCCCUUUUACUACUGAUAUUUGGAAAAAUAUUUAUGACCUUUGUUUUCAUGAUGGGGCCACUCCUAGCAAUGCCAUUGAUGCAGCCAUUAACCUUAGUUUUCAUGAUGGGGCCACUCCUAGCAAUGCCAUUGAUGCAGCCAUUUCGGUUAGAUAUGUUGCAGGUAGAGCAGGGAAAUUGGGGCUGGUCAUAAAGCUUGCUUUCUGUGCCACAAUCAAGCAUAUUUGGUCGGAGAGAAAUUACAGAAUUUUUAGAAACAAAAUCAGAUCUAAGGACCAGAUUGUAGGGGCUAUAAAGGGGGAUGUUAUUGGCAGAUUAUCUUCCAUUCACUUGGUGGGAGACCCUACUACUGCCAACCAUCAUAUUGCUGCCAAAUGGGAUCUUCAAGUUCGUUGGACGGCAAGAAUUCCAAAGGCAUGCUCUUGGUUUGCUCCAAAUCCAAACAUGGUUGCUCUCCAUUGUGAUGGGUCUCUUUCAGAUGACAAGGCAGGCUUUGGGGGUCUCAUUCGUGAUGAUAGUGGGGAUCCCUUAGCUGCCUUUGCUGGCAUAGGAGAAGAUCUUUCAGUGCUAUCCAUGGAGCUCAUGGCUAUUUAUAGAGGAAUUUCCCUUUGCGUUGAUAAGGGCUUUUAUGAUGUCUCUAUUAGGUCGGAUUCAAAGUUGGCCAUCGAUAUUUUGAAUGGAGUGAUUACUGGGCCUUGGCAAACCCUAACUUUGAAAAGUAAGAUCCACAUAAAGGCAAGGCUGCUUAGGUCUAAAGAAUUCAUUCAUGUGUGGAGAGAACAGAAUCAGCCUGCAGAUUUCAUGGCCUCCAUCCCUACAGACCCUUCUGGAAUUCUUUGGGAGCCUGAGUCCUUCCCUCCAGAGCUAGCGAUUCUCAUAAAGCAAGAUAAGGAGUUUGUAGCCUAUUAUAGGAUGUAG